AUGUUUGGAUCUGUAAAGACAUUUACAUUGAUGGCGGUGAUGAUGGUGUGUGCAGUGAAUGCAGGCGUCAGUCCAGUGGAAAAGUGCACCCAAACAAAGCAUCUCAGCGCUGCUCAAGGCAUGUGUCAGUCUCAUGGCGUUAAUGAUAAGAGCGUUGCAUGCGUGUGUACCGAAGCGAUGCCUAUUUGCGUCCAAUCUGAUCUCGAUCAAACCAAGAAACCCGAAAAUUGCAGCCCUGCCAUCCAUGAAGCUUGCGUCGGCUCUUGUGCAUCGGGUGUCUUGGCUGUGAAAUGUGCCGGUACCUCAGCAGCCACUUGUAUGAGCAUUGAUCCUGCUGUCAAACAAAAGCUCGCUCAACUUGAUCUUUAA